UUUAAUUUUUCGGGAGCAACAGAGUGUUGUUUUGACUUUUUCUCACGAGGUUGCGCCCGUGAGCUUUGUGUCUGCGCAUCGGUAACAUACUGUUAGAAACAGCGGUGAAAUUACUUGGUUUCAAACUGAAUCAAGUAAUUGUGGCCAUCGCAGAGCACCACGCUACUCUUUCACUUUGUCUGUAUCCUGAUUCCUGAUAUCGCACGUUUGUUGUUAUUGAUUGUACUUGAAUGGCAAUUUCCCAGCCCGUGUUUGGCAUGUUCCGGGCAUUAGAAACUUGUUUGAUAGAAGAUAACAAUGUGAAAGAGUCACUGACAGAUGACAUUAGAGAGUUGGAACAAGCUGCACGGCAAGUUGCUACAUUAUUACAAGCAAUUCAUCAGCAAAAUUCUUCCAAUGAAAGUUUACCAAUAUGUAAACAAUCCAGACAUAUACUUGAAACAGUGAAAUCUAUAUAUAAAAGUAUUUCAAAGAAAGUUCCAGAUGGAGAUUAUUACAAGUAUUUGUCACAUUGGCAGAAUGUAAGUACGAAACUGUGUUUUCUAGCAUCCUUAAUAAUUUACCUUGAAGAUGAAAAGUUGGCAACAAGAGAACAGGUCAUGUCGAUGUUGGGAGUGCAGGUGGAUAGGAAGAAAGGCUUUCAUAUUGAUUUAGAAGAUUAUCUCUGUGGACUUCUCAUGCUUGCAAAUGAAUUGUCUCGUCUAGCAGUCAAUAGUGUGAUAUCUGGAAAUUAUGAUCGACCAAUGGAAAUUUCAAAAUUUGUGAAUGAGAUGGAAUCUGGUUUUCGUCUAUUAAAUUUGAAAAAUGAUUAUUUACGAAAGAAAUAUGAUGGGCUAAAAUAUGAUGUAAAGAAAAUUGAACAGGUUGUCUAUGAUUUGAAAAUUCGAGGACUUGCAAAAAUAGCUGAACCAAAAGAGACGGGUAAUGAGAAAUAUUGAUUGUUUGAAAUUUCAAUACCUUCAAUGAUUGUAGAUUGUGAAUGUGGAAACCUUCGGUAAAGGUUUUAAAAUGCAGUACUUGGUCGUUUGAGGAAUUCAAUUCAUGGAGAAGUUGACUUUUUGGAAAAAAAGAUUUUUCUAAGCUUUGCUUCCCUGGCCAUGUCAUCUUGAAAUUGGAGUUUUGUGUGAGCUGAUAUUUGAUGAUUAUUUGUGAAAUAUAGUACAAUAUUUGGUAAAUGCAGUGCAA